AUGAGGCUGAGUUGUGGCACGGACCAGGGUACGUACUACACAGGAUUGGCUCGUAACCUCGGUGACCAAAUUAGAUUUGAACAAUUCUGGCGCAUCAGACUUGCAAUGGAGCAGAGAAAAUAUAUCAUUGUGCCACCUAGUUGGAUCUACGGUAAGUCGUUCAAGCCUCCCGAGGGCGUUGUCUUCCAUUCAUCGUACUACGGGCUGAUUGCGACAAUGGACCGCUGGAGGCGCUGGGCCCUCCGAUACUUGAAGCUUUGCCAUGGCGUUGCCAAGGGUAUUAAUGAGGGCGACGAUUUGGAGAUUGCUGCAACAUUCAAGGGCAAGAUCGAGAACGAGCAAUGGCAGAGGAGAAGAUAUGUCGAAUAUGGGUCCAGGAGUGGCCGCACGACAUGGGAGUUGAAACGUUUCAAGAACGUUGAUAAUCAUCGUUGGUCCUGUCUGCCCUUCAACGAGAACCCGCCAACAGAGGUCGCUUAUGUUUACCUCAACAACGAUCCGGUAUCCGCUCUCUUAGAUUAG